CAUUACUUUUGUCUCUGACGUCUUGUGAUCACAAGACUUCUCGGUUUUGAGCUUUCUGUCAAAGAAGAAAUUGGAGAAAAAAAGGCCGUCCCUUUUGGGAUCUUCAGGUUUAUCAACUCCAAUUGACCUCAAACUCCAUCAAGAUGAGAUACUUUAUGACCUACCUGUUUUUGCUGAUCGUGGGGCUGGCGGUACCUAUAGUUUCGAUGUACUAUCUUCUGUCUGGAAAGGGUGAGCAAAUAAGUGUCGGAUGGUUCUUGGAGAAGACAUCCCCAUAUAUGUGGGCAUGCUUAGGAAUUGCCAUGGCCGUGUCUUUCUCUGUGGUCGGUGCUGCUAUGGGCAUUCACACGACGGGAGUGAGCAUAGUAGGAGGAGGUGUCAAGGCCCCUAGGAUUAAAACUAAGAACUUGAUCUCCGUCAUUUUCUGUGAAGCCGUAGCUAUUUACGGUUUGAUCACAGCAAUCGUCCUUUCUGGUAUCUUGGAGCAGUACAAGGAACCAGUCAUCGACAAAAAUAUCGAAGAAGCGAAUUGGAUGGCUGGUUACGUGAUGUUCGGAGCUGGGUUAGCUGUGGGCUUGGUAAACUUGUUUUGUGGUAUCGCUGUCGGAAUCGUGGGUUCCGGCGCGGCCUUGGCUGAUGCUGCUAAUGCUGCCCUUUUUGUCAAGAUCCUCAUCGUAGAAAUCUUCGGAUCAGCCAUUGGGUUGUUUGGACUCAUUGUCGGUAUUUACAUGACUUCAAAGGUCAAAAUGGGCAACCAAUAACUUAAGGAGAAAGUACAACUUGAAAUUAAGUUUAACAAGCAUUUUCCAGUUGCCCGUGCUAAAAUAACCGAGAACCAACUUUGUUUCAAUAAGUGUUGGAAUUAUCUUCAGCCACUGUUUGUUGUGUAAUGAAUAAGUUUUCCAUAUUUAAUAUUUGAUCUUAGCACCCCAAAGAGCUCAAAUGUUGUUUUAGCAUAUUUUUUUUUUGUUUUAUCAUUCUGUUAAAAUGUCAUGAACAUUUUUUUUUCUUACACUAAUUUCUCUUGUCAAACUCUUUCUAAACUUGUGCUAAGAUCUUCUAUUAUGCUGAUUUUUAAUUUGGAGUGUUGUAGACAAAAUGUAACUCAUAGUAAUGUGUUUAUUAUACCCUCGCAGCAUCCUAUUUUAAAUUGACUAAAUAUUACAUUAAAUGUAUUUAUAGUCACUUUAUAAAGGAUUCAAACAUUCCAUGAAAUGCCAAUACAUUUGUAAAAGCUUUGACUCAUAAUAGCCAUGUGUGUAAAUAAAUGACACUAAAAUUAGAAAAAAAAAAACUUUUUUGAGAUGGUAACCCUAUAGAUGUCUGUUUGUAUAAAGUUUAAUCUGUUCUUAUUAUAAAUUAAAAAAAUCUAUUUGAGGAAUUCUACAUUUUGAAUUAGAUGUCUAUUUUAUUAAAUGAGUUAUCCGUUGUGUAAAUAUAAGUUUUGCUUCCUUUUACGAGAUAUAUACUAAUUUAUUGUAUAUUUAAAUUCAUAUCCAUAAUAACUUAAAUUUAGGUCUUAUGCAUGCCUUUCUGUAUAGAAUGUUAUCAUCUGGCACAAAUAGUGGAACAAAAUGAAAUAAUAGAAAAGUAUUAUGGUAUCAGCCUAAGAACUGUUUACUUACUGCGUUUAUAAGUUAAAUAUAUUUGUGCAAAUGUAGAUAUUAUGUAUGUUGAUGAAUAAAUAGAUAAAAGUUA